AUGCUGAGACAGGUUAAUGUAAACCUGCCUUUCACUGAAGUCCUCUCACAAAUGCUAGCUUAUGCAUUGUUAUUAAAGGAGAUCCUUAUCAAGCAGAGGAAGAUGGAAGAGACAUCGGUAGUGAAGCUCACAGAGCAUUGUAGUGAAAUCUUGCAAAACAAAUUUCCACAAAGGUGUAGCGAUCCAGGGAGUUUUACUAUACCCUACUCUUUAGGCAAUCUUAACUUUGAUAAAUCUUUAUGUGGUUCUGUUGCCUCAAUUAAUAUAUUGCCUUUAUAUAUUUACAGGAAGCUAGAAAAUGAGAUUGAAGAGAUAAGGUCGGCACCCGUAUCUUUACAACUAGCAGACCAAACGUCUAUAAUACCCGAGGGGGUAGUGGAAGAUGUUUUGGUGCGG